AUGUGCGAAAUCAAGAUCUGGUGUCGCAAGUGCAUCGUCUGCCAACGCGUCGAUGAGAUCGAAUACUCCAAACAUCAGGAUGGCUGUGGAUCAUGCGAUGUAAUUCGCACUACUCUGCCUGACCAGUCUCUCCAAGGUGCAAACAAGAACUACCGUUGUCGAGGCUGUCGAUCCAGACAGGCUUAUGAGAGUCAUCAACUCAACAACCAAAUCAUGGAGGCUCGCGAGGACAACAAGUAUGGGUAUUCCAGAUAUUAUCAGCGUGUCUAUCCCUUGCGAGAUCUCUCCUUCGGAUCUUUCAACCUACCUACCUAUACACCAACAUGUGCCAAACGCUCGUCUUCUACCGAACCUGCGCGCAUUGCGAUGGUCAAUUUCGCCUCUAGGAGACGGCGAAGUUGCUUCCAGAUUGCGACGACUGCGGCACCUUUGGGCGAAGUGCUUGCAACGACGGUGUUACUCUGGCGCUAG